CGCCGCGGGCACAUGACCGGCGAACCCUUCAAGCUCGACCGACCAGCAGACCGGCAGUUGACCGCGUCGACGGAUGCGGAUUUGCCGUUGAGCCGGUCGGUGAGCCAGGAGACCGACGCGCUCAGCGAGAGCUCGGACUACAACUCCUGCUUCUUCGUGCCGCCGCCGCCCAAGAACGUGCGGAG